AUGGCGCGUCAAGUUCGCAGUUCGACCGCGUCCGACGAUUCACUGAAGGAGAACCGUGAUGUUCGUAGAACUUCCUCCCAGAAUGGGGUGAAAAUCACGAACGUGAAGAGUGGCUCGAGUGGCAAAGCCAAGCGGACCAGCACUGUACAGCAGGAUGAGGAAGAAGAUGAGGAAGAUGAACACAAUCAAACGCAGGAGGAUGGUGACGGUGAUGCGGAAGGUGAAGAAGAUGGUGAAGGCUCCCCUAAGGGUCGUAAGCGUACCAGGCUCAACACUGACGGUGACUCGAGGCCAUCUAUGGUCGCCAAAGAUGAGCCUGUAGUGAAGACCUUACCGCGCGACACGGACGGAUAUAUUCCUGGACAAAUCGUCCGUAUUCAGUUAAAGAACUUUUUAACUUACGAUUAUGCGAACUUCCACUGCGGUCCCUAUCUGAACAUGAUCAUCGGGCCUAAUGGGACGGGAAAGAGCAGCAUUGCUUGUGCAAUAGCUCUUGGAUUGAACUGGCCUCCUUCUAUACUGGGUCGAGCCGAAAAUAUUUUCUCAUUCGUGAAGAACGAUCAGGAUGAGGGUUAUAUCGAGAUUGAAUUGAAGGGGCCCAAAGGCAGACCCAAUCUCGUCGUCCGGCGGAAUUUGACCUCAAAAUCGAAAGCCAAUUCUUUCACGUUGAAUGGUAAACCUUGCACAGCCAAGGAAAUAUCUGCACAAAUGGCCCAACUGAAUGUUCAAAUCAGUAACCUAUGUACUUUUCUUCCUCAAGACAAGGUCUCAUCGUUUGCAAUGAUGAAUUCUCAGCAGUUGUUGAAAGAAACUCAGAGGGCCGCAGGGAAUCGUGAUCUCACGCUAUGGCACGAGAAUCUGAUUAGAGCUGGCAAUGAGCACCGGUCGAUGAUACAGACCAUCAAAGAUGAGGAAGGUCGUUUGCAACAGAUGCGUGAACGAAAUGAAGCGAUCGAAAAAGAAGUCGAGCGUUACCAAGAACGUAAGCGGAUAGAGGAACAUAUCGAAAUUCUUGAUUUGUUCAUACCGAGCGUUAAGUACAACGAACUUCGUGACAAUUUCACCAUCGCGAAAGAGAGGCAGCGAAAAUUGUUUCGAAAGGUGGCAAAGCUCGAGGCUAGAAACGCUCCUGUUCGAAACCUUCUCAACUCUAUAAAGGAGAAGAUCCGGAGUCAUGAAAGAGACCGGACUCGCGGCCAAGCGGCAACUCAGGAUAAAUUCAAACAGAUGCAGCGAAAAUGGAAGGAAAACACCACAUUAGAAAUCGAAGCCGACAAGUUGAACUCGCAGAUUGAGGGUUUGGAAGUCGAAGAGCAACGCCGAGCGAACCGAAUCAAGCAAAUGGAGUCUAAACUUGCCGAGUUCGAAGAAGACUACAGAAAAGAAGUGAAGACGGAGAACUUAGAGGACUUGUUGGCUGAACUCAAACAAGUCAACAACAAGCGUCGCGAAGUUGAGGAUCGUAUCCGCGAACUCUCACCACAACAGGAAACUAUCUUCACGGGCCAGUCACUGGCAAAGAUGACGAUCACUGGCCUUCAGGACAGAUUGAAACAGUUGGAUAGUGAAGAUGGCCGGAAGUUAGCUCACCUAAGGAGGUGGGAUUCAGAUUGCCAUGACACCGUAAUGUGGAUCAGACGGAAUAGAGAGAAGUUCAAGAUGGACAUCAUUGAGCCCCCUUACCUUUCCCUCACUGUCAAAGAUCAGAGAUAUGCCGCCGCCGUUGAAGCAUGCUUUGGAAGCCUUCAACUCAGGACAUUUGUCGCUCAAUGCCGUGAAGAUUACGACCUCCUGAAUAACUCGAUCAAUGAAGAGAACAGUGCCCUGGGCCGAAAGGUGCGAGUUGCGACUUGGUUCCGGGAUCACGAUCAAAUCCAACUCGUUCCUCCACCAAUGACACCAGAAGAGAUGCGUGAAAUGGGGUUUGAAGGAUACGCCAUCGACAUAGUAGACUGCCCUGAAGGUCUCAGAACUUACUUGAAGGCGGAACUGCAGUUACAUCGUGUGGCGAUUUCCCUUAGCCAAAGUAUCGAUGUGGAGAAAGCAAUGGAUUUAGUUGCUCGGCCACUUCCCAGUUGGCCCGGUGGAGCCAACUUCAUAACGGGUUCGAUCCUUCAUCAAGUUACGCGAUCGCGAUAUGGAAGACACGCACGCUCGAACGCCACAGUCAAUAUCGCUCCUGCGAGAAAUCUCAGCGCUCAAGCAGGGGAGUCUUUUGACAUUGAACAAAAGCGAAAAAUAGAAUCUGACAUACAAGAGCAACAAAUAAAGCUGAAAGAUCUAGAAGAAGAGCACCAGAAGGUUGCUGAACAACGACGAGCCCUCGACUUAGAACAUACUGAGCAGCAAAGGGAGAAGGCUGCUCUCGACAGGCGGAAAGAUGCGAUCAGAGAAGAGAGGAUGCGUAAGGAAGCUCUCAGACCUAAAAUCGAUCGAUUAAAGGUACAACUGAGGAAUGAAAAGGAUAAACCCACGGCCGAUGCAGAACGGAAGCGGGUCCGCCGCGAAAUGGCCAAAAUUGCAAAGAGGAGAACGAGCCUUGCCAACGAGCAUCUGAACUUGGCACGCGACGUGAUCGCCGAGCAGACGGCGGCGACACGGGCUGGCCUCGAGAACAUGCAGCUCGAGGCCAACAAGGCCGUUCUGGAGCAAUUGUGUCAAAAGAAGGACGAAAAGCACAGGAAGACUCUGGACGAGUUUCAUGAAGCUGAUGCCGAAUAUACCAGGAUCAAAGCAGAGUCGAAAGUCGCCCUUGAAAUCGCCCGUGAUGCUCACGAGCAAGCCAAAGAAGAGCAUAAACAGCUCUACAAGGAGACCGAGGCCAAAAGAGCUGCGUACAAGGCAGCGUUGAAGGAGGCUCAGCGUAACGGAACUGAGCCUCCGUCUGAUGAAGGUAUCGAUCUCCGAACAGUAGACGAUCUCGAAGCUGCGCUGGAAGAGCAACACGCUCAACUGGAGCUGAUUACCAAGACAAAUUCGGGUGUAGUAGAACAAUACGAAAAGCGUAAGCGGGACAUCGAGCAAUCCGAAGGCAUCCUAGAAAAGAAGAAUCGGGAUGCUCAAGCUGUCGAGAAAACCAUCAAUUCAACGAAGUCGAAAUGGCUGCCAGCCUUACAAGAGCUGGUCGAUAACAUUGGAGAGAAAUUCUCUGCGGCCUUUGAACGCAUCGGCUGUGCCGGUGAAAUUCGGAUCCGUGAGGACGACGACUACGACAGAUGGGCUAUCGACAUUCUCGUGAAGUUCAGGGAUCACGAGAAGCUUUCAAUUCUGACUGGUCAGCGGCAAUCUGGUGGAGAGCGUUCACUCACCACUAUUUUGUAUUUGAUGAGCUUGACCGAGGAGGCCAGAACCCCGUUCUCUCUCGUCGAUGAAAUCAACCAGGGAAUGGAUCAACGAGCUGAACGUGUGGUUCACAACAGCAUGGUAGAGGUGACCUGCAAAGAUACUGCUGGCCAAUACUUCCUGAUCACACCCAAGCUCCUUCCCGAUCUCAACUAUCACGAGCGCAUGAAAGUCCUCUGUGUCGCCAAUGGCGAGUGGCUCCCCGAAGAAACUGGAAUGGGGAACUUGAAAUCACUGAUCGAAGGAUAUGUCCAUCAUAAACGAGGGGACACGUCGAAGAGCCACUAA